CGCAGAAAAUCCUUCAAAACUGUCAUCGAGUUCACCUACCAUGCCUUUUAUCAUGCCAGCCGCAGUUAUAGGCACCGGCAAUCUCUCAAGGCGUGUCACCGAGCAACUUCUUGUACGCGGGGCGUACGUCGUUGUUAUCGCAUCUUCACGGAAAGACUCUUCCUCGACCCAGGAAGAGAUACCCAGAGGCUCCAUCGUCACCCGCCUGGACUAUAGGGACAAGCGCAGUCUAAUUUCAGCAUUCACCACCUACGGCGUGGAAAUCGUAGUCAGUUGUCUUCAUGGUGGCGCUCUUGACCUCCAACCCGGGAUCGGGGAUGCUGCAAAGCAGGCCGGAGUAAAGCUUUUUAUUCCUAACGAUUUCGGCUUUCCGCUCCCAGGGUACACGCAAAGCACAUCUGUGGUCCGAGAAGGUUACGCCCAACAUUUGGCCAGAAUAGGCCUGCCGACGACACGAGUAUUGAUUGGAAUAUGUGCUGAGGGUCUUCCCUGGCUUGUGGCAUCCUCCUCUGCACCGGGAAAAGUUUCAAUUGUGGGAUCGGGAAAUGCCCAGGUGUCCUUCACGUCAAUCAUUGACAUUGCAGGCUUCAUCGGGCAUGUGCUAACGUCGUAUUCGAUCCCGCAACUAACGAAUCAGGUGUUCCGAUUGGAGGGACAAUCGGCCACACUUCGUGAAAUCGCCGCAACGUAUGGGAAAGAAGCAGUACAGGUCGAUUCAGUUGACGAUCCGUAUGCGACAUAUAUGCAAAAGCAGAUAGAUCUUGGGCACGGUCGUUGCGGACAUGAAGCGCGCAACUCAAGGAUGUCACCAGAAGAAGCUGACUUGAUAAUAGGUUCUUCCAAGGCGUGGUGGGCAGGACAUGUAUGGAGGAAUGUCAGAGGUGCCUUACCCGGAUUCUGACAGUAUUUUCAAGGACCACGAGGUACUUAUGACGAUUAUUUAUUACACACCUAAUCAUUCCUGUAAACGAAGCAAUGUUUAUUUAGCAACCGUUAUCGGGACUCGUAGAGGACAUACAACAGAGUAGUUUUAAUACACGGUCCGACUAUCCGGAAAUC